AGAAUAUUCAAUAAGUUGGUGCCAUCAAAAUCUAGCUACAACUAAUCAGAGACACGCCAUUUAUGUCAUACUCAAUUAAAUGUCACUCAUCUCAGCCGCAGUUCUGCUAGAAUCGCUACAACACUCCGUAAACAGUAUCCAUAUCUAGUAUCUAAUUAUAGCCACAGCCCCGUCUUGGCAACGGUGAGCUUAUUAGAACCGCACGAUGGCACUCCUUAUAGAAAGGGGCAUGUGUUAAUCCAUAAGCAGCCUACGAAUGAAUUCAUACAAAUAGGGCCAGACUGUUCCGUUCAAUAUAGGCUAGAUUCUGUAAACCAAACAUUCACCACCAUUCAUCAACAUUGCAAGAUAGCAUAUCAUUAUCCGUCUCAUACCACAAAAUGUCUCUCAAGAGCUUCAUCAGUGUCUCUGCGCUUGUAGGUGCAACUCUUGCUAGAGACGUUCCAUCGAACGUUCGGAACUUCUACAACAAUAUCAAGAACAGUGGCCAAUGCAGCUAUCCUCUAGCUACAGGGUUUUACAGUGAAUACAAUGACGACAAUUCCUUCAGCUACUGUGGGGACCAUUUGGAAGACUCUAAGGUCAUCUAUAUCCAAGGUAGCAAUAGCCAGUUCGCCAACAUGGAUAUCGACUGCGACGGAACUCAGGGCGGCCCUGCUGACGAUGGCCGUUGCGGAAACUCCGACGAUACUCAGUCAAUCACGUCUUUCGCCGAUACCGUAAGAGGAUAUGGAAAGGGUGUUCGAGACUUGGAUGCUAAGAUCCACCCCUACGUCGUUUUCGGAAACGUAGGUGACAAGCCCGGCUUCACAUCAUUCGACCCUCAGGAGCACGGCAUUAAGCCAUUAAGUGUGAUGGCUGUCGUAUGUGGUGAUAAGCUGAUCUAUGGAGUCUGGGGUGACGAGAACGGCUCCGACGGCGAGAAGUCCGUUGUUGGAGAAGCCUCAAUUUCUCUGGCUACCGCUUGCUUCGGAAAGGGGAUAACUGGAAACAACGGACACGAUGAGAACGACGUGUUGUACAUUGCUUUCACUGGUAACGAUGCCGUUCCUGGCAAGAACGGGGCUAAGUGGAAUGCACAGAACUACAAGGAAUUCGAGAAAAGCAUUCAAGGCCUCGGGGAUAAGCUCAUCCAGCGUAUCCAUGCUUGAACGGGGGUAUUACACGGUAGGGGGACAGCUUACAUUAGGGUGGUUAUUAUUAAGUUGAUACAAUCUUAGGUAGAUAUUUGGUUUAUGUGGUCUAAGUAGGUGGGUUUUUCAAUUCUAUAGAUUCUUUUAGAUUUCAGGAUGAUUCUUUACCACAUGAAUUAAAACGAUACAUUAGGUUAGGUACCACCUAAGGUAAUGAACCUCUUCCAAAGCCUACCUAGGUAUCUAGUAACGCGAAACGCUUUUGUAAAGUGUGUAAAGACUCAUCAUAUUAGAUAGUAAUCUUGAAUUAAACAUAUCACACA